AUGGCGGAAUAUGAGGCUUGUAUACUUGGGCUCAGAAUGGCCGCUGAUAUGAACAUCCAAGAGUUAUUGGUUGUAGGUGAUUCAUACUUGCUGAUUUAUCAAGUACAAGGUGAGUGGAAUACAAAGAACACAAAAAUCCUACCGUACUUACAUUGUGUGAAGGAGUUGUGCAAGAAGUUUAUCAAGGUGGACUUCAAGCAUGUUCCAAGAGUUCAAAAUGAGUUCGUAGAUGCUUUAGCAACUUUGUCUUCCAUGAUUCAACAUCCAGACAAGAACUACAUAGACCCCAUCAAGGUGAAUGUGCAAGAUCAACCAGCUUAUUGUUUCCAUGUGGAUGUAGAGCCAGACGGAGAACCAUGGUAUUAUGACAUUAAUAAGUAUCUCAAAACAAGGGAUUACCCUGAAGGAGCAACCAGUACCCAGAAGAGAACACUUAGGAGAUUGGCAAAUCACUUUUUCCUAAACGGCAAAAUCCUAUAUAGGAGGACCCCAGAUUUAGGACUGUUGAGGUGUGUAGAUGCCAGGGAAGCAACCAAGUUGAUUGAAGAAAUACAUGCAGGAACAUGUGGGCCUCACAUGAAUGGGUUUACUUUGGCAAACAAAAUUCUGCAAGCAGGUCACUUUUGGAUGACCAUGGAAACAGAUUGUAUUCGUUUUGUACAGAAAUGUCAUCAGUUUCAGAUCCACAGUGAUUUGAUUCGAGUCCCACCAAAUGAACUCAAUGUGACAAGUUCUCCUUGGCCGUUUGCAGCUUGGGGCAUGGAUGUCAUCGGCCCUAUUGAGUCGGCCGCCUCGAAUGGGCAUAGAUUUAUCUUGGUAGAUAUUGAUUACUUUACAAAGUGGGUAGAAGCCUCUUCUUACAAGUCAGUUACAAAGAAGGUGGUAGCAGAUUUUGUCCGCAAUAACAUUAUUUGCCGGUUUGGAAUUCCUGAGUCAAUCAUUACAGAUAAUGGAGCCAAUCUCAAUAGUGACUUGAUGCGAGAAAUAUGUGAUAAGUUCAAAAUUACUCACCGAAAUUCCACUCCUUAUCGACCUCAGAUGAAUGGAGCCGUUGAAGCAGCCAACAAAAACAUAAAGAAGAUAUUGCGGAAGAUGAUUGAUAACUACAGGCAUUGGCAUGACAAGCUACCAUUUGCUCUCCUUGGAUAUCGCACUACAGUCAAAACAUCAACUGGGGCAACGCCUUAUCUUCUGGUCUAUGGAACUGAAGCUGUAUUACCUGCGGAAGUUGAAAUACCAUCUUUGAGGGUCAUCCAGGAAGCCGAGCUGAGCAAUGCAGAAUGGGUGAAGAAUCAGUACGAGCAACUAAUGCUUAUUGACGAGAAGAGAAUGAAUGCAGUUUGCCAUGGUCAACUCUAUCAAAACAGGAUGUCCAGGGCCUUCAACAAGAAAGUGAAACCACGACAGUUCAAACCGGGGCAAUUGGUUUUGAAGCGCAUAUUUCUGCACCAAAAUGAAGCUAAAGGAAAGUUUGCACCAAAUUGGUAA